CCCCCCCCCCCCCCCGCCGCCUCGCUACCGCCGCGGAUCCGGCUGGAGGCGCCGCUGUCAUUCCUGCGCCGGAGGAGCCGGCGCUGCCGGUGCCUAGGGGUCGGGGCUCGGGGGAGCCGGGCCGCGGGGGACCCAACAGGCCAAAAUCCUGAGCAUGAUGGAAGACAAUAAGCAGCUCGCGCUCCGCAUCGAUGGGGCGGUCCAGUCGGCCAGCCAGGAGAUGACCAACCUGCGAGCCGAACUCACGGCCACCAACCGGAGACUGGCGGAACUGAGCGGCGGCGGCGGCGGCCCCGGCCCGGGCCCGGGAGCAGCGGCCAGCGCCUCGGCGGCGGCGGACUCGGCGGCGGCGAACAUGGAGAACCACCAGCACAGCGCGCAAGCACUGCUGCGGGAGGAAGUGUCCCGGCUCCAGGAGGAAGUCCACCUUCUCCGGCAGAUGAAGGAGAUGCUGAUGAAGGACCUGGAGGAGUCGCAGGGCGGCAAGUCCUCCGAGGUCCUCGCGGCCACCGAGCUCAGGGUCCAGCUGGCCCAGAAGGGGCAGGAGCUAGCCAGAGCCAGAGAAGCGUUGCAGGCCAUGAAAGCCGACCGAAAGCGCCUAAAGGGUGAAAAGACGGACCUGGUGAGCCAGAUGCAGCAGCUGUAUGCCACGCUGGAGAGCCGCGAGGAGCAGCUGCGCGACUUCAUCCGCAACUACGAGCAGCACCGCAAGGAGAGCGAGGACGCUGUCAAAGCCCUGGCCAAGGAAAAGGACCUGCUGGAGCGCGAGAAGUGGGAGCUGCGGCGGCAAGCCAAGGAGGCCACGGACCACGCCACGGCACUGCGCUCCCAGCUGGACCUCAAGGAUAACCGCAUGAAGGAGCUGGAGGCGGAGCUGGCCAUGGCCAAGCAGUCCUUAGCCACGCUGACCAAGGAUGUCCCCAAGCGGCAUUCACUCGCCAUGCCUGGCGAGACGGUGCUUAAUGGCAACCAGGAGUGGGUGGUGCAGGCGGACCUCCCACUGACCGCAGCCAUCCGGCAGAGCCAGCAGACUCUCUACCACUCACACCCCCCCCACCCUGGGGACCGGCAAGCGGUCAGGGUGAGCCCCUGCCACUCCCGGCAGCCCUCCGUCAUCUCCGACGCAUCUGCCGCUGAAGGCGACCGGUCGUCCACGCCAAGCGACAUCAACUCCCCUCGACACCGGACGCACUCCCUCUGCAACGGAGACAGUCCCGGCCCAGUUCAGAAGAACCUGCACAACCCCAUUGUACAGUCACUAGAGGAUCUUGAAGACCAAAAACGGAAAAAGAAGAAAGAGAAGAUGGGAUUCGGCUCCAUCUCGCGUGUCUUCGCCAGAGGGAAGCAGCGGAAGUCCCUCGACCCCGGCCUCUUUGAUGGUACCGCCCCUGAUUAUUACAUAGAGGAGGACGCGGACUGGUGAUACCCGCCUCCCUUCGCCUGCUGCCCGGCGGGCGUGUCUGUGCGUGUGGACGUGCGUGCGAGCGGGGAAUGCGCGGCUGGGCGUGCGUGGCGGUGCGUGUGCGCGUGCGUGGGAGCUCUCGCGCACGUGGGCGGGGGGGUGGUGCGGCUGAGGCCCGCUCGCGUGGGCCCCUCCCAGGCGUCACCACCUCUGUAAUUGAUGUACAUACUACAAACGUGUGUGAACAUGUCAACUCUCUGUUGUCCUCGGAGCGAUACAGUUGUGUUGUUAAUCUGGGUUUGUUUUUGUUUUUUCAGUGUUUUUUUUUUUUCCGCUUUUUGGUUCGUUGGGGUUUUUGGUUUUUUUUUUUUUUUUUGGUCCCUUCCCCCCCUUCCCUUUUUAUGAAACUUGAAAACUUGAAGGACUGCUGUGUAUUUGUAAAUAACAAAACUAUUGUGCACUCCGUGCUUGUAAAUGUCCCUCGUCCGAACUGCUACUUCUGGAGCCCGUCUCCCCGAGGAUGUAGUCUGUGUUUGAUGUUCCCCCCACUACACCCCGCCGCCCACCCGUCCCCCCGGUGUGAACGUGUGGGACCAGACCCUGUUCUCGGGGUGCGCCGAGUCACUUUAACCCCCAAACAACAUCGUCAUCAGGGUAAGGUCCACUCUCCACAAAGACUUGCGAGCCCAGCCCAGGGGCCCUGUCUUGUCUCGGUUUGUCAGAGGCCAAACGGGCUCUUUCUAACGGCCUGCCAGUUUUUAAAUUGCGUUGCCGUUUCUUUCUUUACGGGGAAAAGAAAAGAAAAUUGUUCCGUUUAAUUUAUUUGCACAAAUGCAGAAGACUUAUUCUAUCUAAAUUAUUACGUAAAUAUUGGAAUGUAUAUUUUUCCACGGGGGGCGGGCGGGAGGCGGGUUCUCUGUUGACUUGUCUGUUCUAUGAUCAUGCUGCUGCCGAGCUGUGCAAGGUAGAGUUCAGGGUGGCCAGAACCCAGGGACCAUUGGACUGCCAAGCUUGCUUUUUUCCGUUCUUUCUUCUUCUCUCUCCCCCAUUCUCCCAUUCCCGCAUGGGAGUGCGCUCCGCCUUUCUUCCUGCCUGUAGCUCUCUCCAGGCCUUUCUCUAUAUAUUUAUUGAUCUGAAAUAACAGAGCACUGACCUCAGUGAACAGAGUGCCUGCUGUCGUGGUCACCUUCUCUUGGGUCUGCCUUUUGAGAAAGGCUGCCGCGUACAGGGCGAGACAGCCGACUGCAUGAGCACAGGGUGCGACCACAGGGACCCUCAGCCCGAGUUGGUUCCCGAGGCUCCUGGAGCAGCACGCGUUCCUCGCUGCAGCUGUGUCUCAUCCUCGGUUGAUUCUGCACGUUGGCCGGGCAGGUGUCAUGGGGGAGGCGCCCGUCUCAAGGGGCGGCCUGUUGGGGACACAGCAUCCAGCACCAGCACCUCUGCCCUCCCCAUUCAGCUUGGUUCCUCCAGCCACAACGCACAGAGUCUCUCGGGAUCCCUCGGGCCCUCCUCCAACUUGUCACAGCAGCCUGAGCCUGCUCACCCGAGGAGAGAAGGGCUGGCAGGAGCAUCUGCCUAUUUGGAGAGCAGUGUUGGCCCCGGUGAGGCUCCGCCAGCAAAGGGACCGUGAGCACUGUAACACCGGGUGAUGGAGAACACGUGAGCUUCUAAGCCAGGGCCUCCUGAAGUCUAAAACUAGCUUUCCCUUUUCUUUUAACCUGUGAAUCCCCUCCUCUGCACCACCUUAAAUACUAACAGCUCAAUUCACACAUCCUCUAAACAACAGUAGUUGCGCUUUCUGCUAGCAGUAACGUUUUCAGCUCUUACCAAGAAACGGGAGAAUUUUAAAUGCUGGAGCAUGUCUUAUCAGAAGGGAUAGGAUAUUUUGUCCAAAGUCUCUAAAACAAACAGAAAAGCCCCAGUCAGCUGCUCCCUUUCCUUCUGACCUGAUGGGGGGGUUGGAAAGGAGUAGGCAGGGUACCUAAUAAGGAUCUUUCUGGCCUUUGGCUAAGCCGUUUCACCCAGCCUGGCGGCGGGGGAGAGCGGCCAGAGCUGGCAUCUUUCUCUACAGAGAGAUAUUUUAGGAAAUACUUUUCUCCCCCCCAUGAAUUUUUUUCUUUUGGUUGAUUUUUAUUGUUUGCCCUUUAUUUACAAGAAAAUAAGAUUGCAACCCCCUCCUGGUAAUGAUUUAGUAGUUCCUUUUCAUUUCAGUUUUUGGAAAUUAGGAGAUAAUUCUAAGAGUUACUAAGGAUGAUUUAUUUAAGAGAACUACGUCAAAUAGCGAAUGAGUUAUGGGUAACAGUAGAUGAAAAUAACCUUUCCCGUGGGAAAGGUUUCUCGAAGGCAUGGAUGCAAAUAUAAAAUAUUAAAAAAAAUCUAAAUAAAGCUUAUUUUAAAAUAUGAUCGAAUUCUAUGUU